UUAACCUACACUUUACCAAAAGCUCUUGUCUGCAAACAGACAACGCCCUUCCCUUGCUCAUCUCAUGCUCAUCUUCUUCUGAUCUUUGCACUAUGGCGGAUUACUGUGCGCUACUUUCUCAGCUAAAUCUCGAACAACCAUGGAGAGGUAACGCCAUCUCCAACUAUCAAAAAUCCAGAACGUGUGCUCUCUCCGUCUUUCCUCUUGUUGUCAAGUUAGCACUUCAGUGUGUUUUCUUCCGUCAAUCGUAUUUCCGAUAUUCCGCCGUACUAAGCCUGUGAAGAAAUGUCUUCCAACCAAAGGAACAAACGUAGAUGUACAGAAAAUACAAACUCUAAAAAGAAACUAAGGCGACGUGAUACGUAUGGAAAGAUAUCAGCUGAUGAAAAAGAAGCAAUGUUAUUACAGCGACGCACCACAAAAAUGGAGCUAAAAAAAUGCAAUGAUUCCAUAAAUCAGUUGUUGAUUGUCCAGCUGAAAGAAUAAAGUGCUCAUGUGACACAAUAUUGUCAAAACAGACUGCUCUUACUAUAAGAUAGUCUUCUUCUGAUAAUGCCGAAGUAGGCACCAAUCAUGAAACUCCUAUUUUAUCAACUCCUAUUGAUAAAGGAAAAGAAGUCGGUCAGUCAUUAUGUGUGUUUGAAAGAGGAUCAUGCAUCUGAGGGACAACAAAAUGCCUUUAUUGAACUUGUUACCAACAAAGUAGGUGGUAGCUAUGAAGUUGGUAGUUUAUCAAGUUCGUUUAAUACAGGAAAAAGUAUCUCUCAUCCAUUUUGUGUAUUUGAAAGAGGAUCAACAUCUGAAACAUGUAAGAGUCAACAAGAUGUCUCCGCUAAAGUUUUUUCAAACAAAGGCACCAGCUAUGAAAUUCUUACUUUAUCAGCUAUUUUUGACAAAGGAAAAGAGGAUCAACAUCCGGUACAUCUAAGGGACAACAAAAUGCAUCUACUGAAGUUGUUACCAAUAAAGGCUCAACUGCUUAGUCAGUAUUAGAAGAACUUGUAGCAAACACUCUAUACUUUCUCCUACUGUGGCUGCGUCAUUUAUGAAAUUGCGAAUUUUCAACAGUUGAAGCUCUUAAAGUAGAUAGUGAAUGUCGAUUUAGACUUUUACAGUUGAAGAGAUGUCCUGGGAAGCAGAAAAAGUCACGUACGGUACUGCUUAUUAUCAUAUUACUUACAAAAAGGAUUGAGCUAUCAGAAUAGUUUAUUGAUCUUCCUGGGCAUCACUGAUAUUCUUCGAUGUUCCAAUUUUGCUAUUGCUCCGAAAACAUAUUUGUUGAAAAUGCUAUUACAAUCAUGUCCAAAUAAUGUGAGUAGAUAAAACUACAAUUGUAUUCUUGGCCUUCAUGUUCCAGCUAUCAGAUGACAAGGCCUUAGUAUCUGAGCAUAUCAGAUGUGCUCAGGCUCCACAUUUCGUUAUUUCUCAUAUCAUUUGAUGAAAAUUUCCUGUAUUCAUAAACUAACAAUCAUAGUAGCUAAUUGAAGAUCUAUAAUCUUUAAUGUGGAGCGCGAAAUUUUUUAGAACUUUGGUUGGACCCGGGCAAAGCCCGAGCUAACCUUACUAGUUGGUUUAUAUGUGCCGACAAAUAUGAUUUUUUGGUCCCUGCAACUUGUGUUUAUUACUUACUGGAUUACGUUUUCUUGAAAGCAAUAUGAAGUGAAAGGUUUGUUUGGUAUGGACUUCCAAAGAAGUAAUUAAUUGCUUUGGCAUUUUCCAGCGAUCAAAAUUUUUCUUUUCUCGCACUCUUAUCCGUUUUCUUGGGCUUAUCACCAAUUGUGGGUCCCACUUUUUUGGGCUAAGGCCCAAUUGGACGGGCCUCUUCCAUAUGGCGUCUCUUUUUUAAAUUUAUUGUCACCAACACCAACCCCUCGUUUUCUACAUAGCAAAUGCAAGUAUCUAGUAGUUGAACCUCUUCCUUAUCGUCUAUGUAAAAUAGAUGAAGAAUAAAUAAAAAUAAUUCAAGCACAUGUAGCAUAACGCAGUAUGUUAAAUUUCUAGUUCAACACCUAACUAUGGAGUAACAGAGAAUUGAUUAAAUCUUUCUGUAUACGGUGGGAAUUGGGGCUACCCGAUUCCGUUUUUCGAUGGGAAAAGUGAUAUCACGUCGGAAGACCAGGACGUCAAGCUCGGGGUCGAAGUUCCUUUCAAAGGCCAAGCUCGAUAACACUUACCGAGGUCAGAAGAAAGCAUGCUUCGAGAUGAUGCCGGUAUCAGUCACUAACGGAAAAAGUGAGAUAUCCGCGACGGGCCGUAGAUCACGGCGUGAAUUUCGGAAUGGAUUGGUCUUCAGCGGUUAAACAGUUGUCAAAUAUGAUUUUCUACUAUAAUUAGAAGUGUACCUUAUUUAGGACUCCCCUACUAUAAAAAGGGGGGAUCCCGUGCAUUUGUAAGACAUUGAUCAGUGCUCAUUGAUCAGAAAAUAUACGCUUGUUAUUCUCUUGCUA